AAUGUUCCCUGACUGCAAUUAGAACUUAUUACAUAUUCGUGACGCAUGCCCAACCCUUCCACAGUUUUAUUUUUACCUUUCCGAAUGACAGACAAGGAAAACACCGCUUUCUCUUUCUUUGUCUGUCUUGUCUACGUGUUUCAGUUUCUCACAAAUAAGCAAUAAGUGGUGUGAUUAUACAUUAGCCGGUAUAAGAAGAAUGGUACUGACAGUACCUUGUGUCACUUUUGUUUUCACCUCUUCAUGACUAGAAAAAAGAGCAAAGGGCACAUCAAUUCUAUUGACUGUUGACCUCCUCACCUUUUCAGACACGGUGGGAUGCGUGGACCCAGAGGAGUGUGUGCGAGUGUGUGGAGCCGAGGUGGGAUGCUCCAACAUCGCCUUCCCCAAGCUGGUCAUUGAGCUCAUGCCAAGUGGCCUCCGUGGGCUGAUGAUAGCGGUGAUGAUGGCCGCUCUGAUGUCAUCACUGACCUCCAUCUUCAACAGCAGCUCCACGCUGUUCACCAUGGACAUCUGGAAGAAACAGCGCCCGCGAGCCUCGGAGAGAGAGCUGCUUCUAGUGGGCAGGAUCUCCACGGUGGUCCUGGUGGUGAUCAGUGUGGUCUGGAUCCCCAUCUUACAGUCCGCCAACAGCGGCCAGCUCUACGUGUACAUCCAGUCCGUGACCAGCUACCUGGCCCCGCCCGUCACCGCCGUCUUCACCCUGGCCGUCUUCUGGAAGAGGACCAACGAGCAGGGUGCAUUCUGGGGCCUGAUGGUGGGUCUGGUGGUGGGGGUGUGCAGGAUGGUGCUGGAGUUUGCCUUCCCCCCCGCCAGGUGCGGCGUGCCGGACUCGGCGCCCGCCGUCCUGCGCGACGUGCACUACCUCCACUUCGCCAUCCUGCUGUGCGGCCUCACCGCCAUCGUGGUCGCCACCAUCUCGCUGCUGACGCCGCCGCCCAGCCACGAGCAGGUGAGGAACCUGACCUGGUGGACUCUGACCGAGGAGCCUGCCAGAGAAAUCCCUCUGCAGAAAGUGUCCUCCUUCAGCCGCCGUAGUUCUCCAGACUCUGAGCCAGCGUGUCAGCUGACGUGUGGUGGGGGUGUGAGGUGGUGCAUGUCAGCACUUCAGAGUUCCCAGCAGUCCAAUCCCAGAGUUCCGAGUGUCCGAGAGAGUGUGUUCUGGUCCAGGUUCUGCUGCAUCAACGCCCUCCUGCUGGUCAGCGUCAACAUCUUCCUCUACGCGUACUUCGCCUGAAUGCUGACCAACCACCACCCCACUCUUCUUUCUGUUGACAUUCA